ACCAAAAUGGGGCAGGGCUUCUGGGAGCAGCUCCAUCUGGCCCUUGUCCUUCUACUCCUGAAUCUGGGGUCCACUGUGGCAGAAGAUGCCCCCUACAGCUGCUAUGGGAUUCCAGGCCUGCCAGGCAUGCCAGGGAUGCCAGGCAAGGAUGGCCGGGAUGGUCUGAAGGGAGCCAAAGGCGAGCCAGGUUUCCCUGCAACAGGAGGGCCCAAGGGCAUGAAAGGAGAACCAGGCAGCCCUGGCAUGCCAGGUGAGCCAGGCCCCAUGGGUAUGCAUGGUCCUGAUGGAUUUCCUGGGCCAACGGGAGCACCAGGGGUGCCAGGCAUGCCAGGCAGCUACAAGCAGAAGCUGCUGUCAGCAUUCUCAGUCAGGAGGCAGAGCAAGAAGCACCCCCUGAAGAACAUCCCUGUGGUGUUCAACCAGAUCAUCACCAACACCAACUAUGACUACAACAUCACCUCAGGCAGGUUCACCUGCAGGCUCCCCGGCCUCUACUACUUUGUCUUCCACACCUCACAGACAGACACACUCUGUGCCAUCCUCCACAAGGAUGGGAGGAAGGCUGCCAGCUUCUGUGACCACCAGACCAACGCCCUGCAGGUCAGCUCUGGUGGUGCCCUCCUGCGCCUGGGCACUGGCAGCCAGGUCUGGCUGACAGUGAACGACUACAAUGGCAUGGUGGGCACCGACCGCUCCAACAGCAUCUUCUCAGGCUUCCUGCUCUUCCCAGACUAG